AUGGAUGGUGAACCUGUGUUGAAGUUUGGAGAUAGCGGCUUAGAGAGGCUGGAUCAUCCGUUGGGUUGUAUUUGUUACGAAGACAAGUUUAUUGUAACUGACAAGAAUAAUAACUGUGUAAAGGUGUUUGAUAGAAAAGGACAGUUUUUGUACAAGUUUGGAGAAUACGGAAACGGUGAAGGACAGUUGCAUUGGCCGUGUGGGUUAAGUGUUGACAAGCAUGGCGACGUUUUUUUAUGCGACAGGUUGAAUAAUCGCAUUCAACAGUUUACAUUGGAAGGAAGUUUCAUUGGAAAGACAAGUACUGAUCUGAAACUACGGCGGCCCUGGGGUGUUACCACAAUGUCAGAUGAUCGGAUUUUGAUUACAGAGUACGACGGGAAAGAAGUUAUCAUUCUGAAAUGA